AUGGCACAAGAAACAGCAAACCCCAAUCCCACCCCCCGAGGUCCACCACCAGGCGCAACCUCCCCCCCAGAGCACGUCCAAACCCCCAAUAAAAUAUACGAAGUAUUCCACACGACGCCACCAGCAAACGCCAAUGCCUUACCCGCAGGUUCGGGACAAAAUACCGCCGGUGCAGGAAAUAAGGAAACACCGAGUUUAGGAGCUGCGAUCAAGACGGUACGAUGGCAGGAUUUCGCUCAGGUGCAUAUGUAUCCAUGUGCUAGGGAGAGUUUUCUUACGGGAAUUGGUGGCGGGUUUGCGAUGGGUGGGAUUAGGGCUAUUUUUGGAGGCAGAAGAGAGGAGGAAAGAAAGGAGGAGGCUGAAGGAAGAAGCAGAUAA